AUGGAAUCGCAAGCCGCCGUUGAAGAGCCACAACACUCUGUGGUGAUUGAGACGCCGCCCACGACGGCGGAGAGCUCGGAAACCCCGGUAGCAGACACAGCGACCGGCGCAGAGCCUGAGGGUGCCGGCGGGGCCGCGGUCGUGGCACCUAAGCGGAUGCCAACGCGUGCAGAUUUCCCGCCAUUGAGCUCGGUGAUCUUCGAGACGCAGAAAGUUCAGUGGGGGCCGAACAUGAAAAAGCCGGAAUCGCAAAGCGCGUCGCCCUCGCCCUCGCCGGGGCCUGUGGGCUCUGGAGCGAAACCGAUGCGCUCGAAGACGAUGCAGGAGGCGUUCUCGUUGGACCUUCAGACGCAGGUGACCAUCAGCAAAGCGGAGUUUUCCAAGUUUGUGGUGUCGGUUAAGCAGUCGCACUCGGUAUCGAUCGAGUCGACAUUGUCGAAGCUGUCGCGGACGUUCCUCAUCACCGGCUCCCCCACGAACGUGUACAAUGCGAAGCGCGAGCUGGUAAAGAAGUUGACGCGCCCCGUCACGGUUGUGAUCCAGGUGCCGUCCAAGACGGUCUCGUCCAUCAUCGGACCGGGUGGGCGCAUGAUCCGCGAGAUCACGAACGCGGCUGGCGGCAUAAAGAUCGACAUCGCGAAGACGGCGGAGGCGGAUGCCUACGAUGCUGACCUUGACGAUCAGCUGAUCAACAUCUCAUUGCAUGGUGAUGUCGCUUCAGUCAACUUUGCGAAGGACAAGAUCUUGUCGAUUGUGAAGGAGGAGACGAAAAACGCUACCAUCAGUGUUGCCGUCGAGAACAAGCAGCUCAUCCCAUUCAUUUCGCUGGCGGACGUGGAGAUUUCCGAGGACGUGACUGUGAAGGCCUUCCCUAACGGCUCUGAGAAGAUCGUUCUUAUGGGGCCACGCGAUGAAGCGAAGGAAGCAAAGGUGAAUGUUCAGAAUUACUUGAACACUUUAGCAAGCAAGGUAUCUGAGAAAAAGAUUUCGAUUCCUCGCAAGUUCCAGCCUCUGAUCGAUGCAGAGGAUGUCAGGGAGAAAUACAAGGUCUCCGUUAUCUUCCCAACCGCCCUUGGUGAUGAUACUGUGUCGUUCUACGGACUGUCCGCUAAUCUUGAUGACGCGAUCGCAUAUGCUCGCCAGUCGUCUAAGCAGUACAUUGUAGAAUCUUUGGAGGUAUCCAAGGCUCACGGAAAGAAUGUCGCUCAUGCAAAGAAUUUAAUGUUCUACUUCGCCAAGUACGACAUCCUCAAGGAUAUUAAGGAGUCGUUCAAGGAAGUGAAGUUAGUCUUACCAACUCCGGAGGAGUUGCCAGGUUUAGACAAUGUGUCGAUCAACAUUAUUUCGAAGGCGGAUAUUGCGGAGCAGACGAAAACUGUUCGCAAGCAAAUCAUUAAUAUAGUAAACCGACUCACUCCUUCGCAUGUUCUAGCUGUUGAUGACCUAGAUUAUGAGCUUUUCCACAAGGAUAUCAAGCAGGCGCUAUCCAAGGCGGAAAUCCCAUUUGUUCAGCUCGGCGAUCACUACGAAGGCGACAAUACCGUGCUGCUAUUUGCCAAGGUUGACGAAGAAGACUUCCAACCCUCGCCCGAGGAGGUGAAGGAGCAUCUGGAGAAGGUUGCUGCCGUGUUGGAUGAAGUACGCACCAAACAAUCCAAACUAUUCACUAAAAUAGUGAACUUUGAUGCCGAAUUCCAAGUUCUACACUUUUCAGAUGACUCCGUCACGUGGAAUCUUGUGCUAGAGAACAUUACUUCUGCUGGCGGCCAUGCGCAGAUCAAACUCCACACACCUUCGGAGGACGAGAUAACCAUCAGGGGUGAUGAGAAAGCUGUAAAAGCGGCUGUGAAGGCAUUUGAAAGCAUUGCUGAAAAUCCAAGUAAGAAGAGCAAGCUGACUGUUUCCGUACCAGCCAAUACUGUUUCAAGAUUGAUCGGCCCUAAGGGAACAAACUUGGCUCAGAUUCGCCAGAAGUUCGAUGUUCAGAUUGAUGUACCUUCCGAAUCUAACGAUACGAAUACUGAAAUCACGCUAACUGGGCUGGAGUAUAACCUUCAACAUGCAAAGACUCAUAUCGCAUCUGAGGCUAAGAAGUGGGCUGAUAUCACUACUAAAGAGCUAAUUGUACCAACCAAGUACCAUGGCUCCUUGAUCGGCUCCCAGGGUACUUACCGCAUUAGAUUGGAGAAUAAGUACAGCGUUCGUAUCCAGUUCCCAAAGGAGGGUGAGGUUGUUACCAUUAAGGGACCUUCUCGUGGUGUUAAUAAAGCUCACGCUGAACUAAAGGCAUUGUUGGAUUUUGAAAUCGAGAACGGUCACAAAUCUGUGAUCAACGUUCCAGUUGAACACGUUCCUCGCGUCAUUGGUAAAAAUGGUGAUGUUAUCAACGGCAUUAGAGCUGAACUUGGAGUCGAGCUAAAACUUCUCCAAAAUACCAAAACUGCUAAGGAACAGAACUUAGAUACCGUUCAGCUAGAAAUCACCGGCUCCAGACAGGCGAUUAAAGAAGCUUCAAAAGCUGUUGAUGCUAUUAUCGCGGAAGCUUCUGAUUUCACCACAAAACAAUUGGAAAUCGAUGCCAAGUAUCACAAACUAAUUGUUGGUCCUGGUGGAAGUACUUUGAAAGAUUUCAUCUCUAAAGCUGGUGGCGAUGACAUCAGAAACAAGACCGUUGACGUUCCAAAUGCGGAGUCUACAAACAAGGUGAUUACGAUCUCUGGUCCAAAAACAUUUGUUGAGAAGAUGUCCAAGGCGUUGAACCAGAUUGUACAGGAUAUCAAAGCCAGUGUCGCCAAGGAACUGAAUAUUCCAGCCGACAGACAGGGUGCUUUGAUAGGUCCAGGAGGAUCCGUUAGAAGACAGCUAGAGUCUCAGUUCAACGUCAGAAUAGAAGUACCAGACAAGGGGAAGGAGGGCAAGGUUACAAUUCAUGGUCGACCAGAAGCCGUUGAAAAGUGUGAAAAGGAGAUUUUCUCUACCAUUAUCAGAGAUAGCUACGAUCAGGAAAUUAUGGUUCCUGCUGUUUACCAUGCCUUUGUUUCAGAGCGGGGUCAGUUGAUCAAUAAGCUACGGAUGACUUACUUCAUUAACGUUAAGCAUGGUAACUCUUCCAAAAAGGCGAAUAAACUAUCGCGCUCUGAGCAACCCAUUCCUAUUGAGCGGGUGCGCGGCUCGGAAGGCGAAGGCACUAAGUUGACGAUUGAAGAAGUAUCUGCUCCUGAGGCAUCUGCCAACGAUAAUAUCCCAUGGAGACUAACAUACGAACAUGUGGACCUAUCUGAUAUUCUUGGAGAGGAGGGCAAGCAUGCCAUGACCAAGGAACAAGCCUUGGAAGCGGCGGCUGAUCAAAUCAAAGAGAGAAUCGAACUAGCACCAAAGGCAAAUUGCAUCGGCUACCUCUGGUGCGAAAAUGUUAAGAAGUUUAACAAGGUUGUGGGUCCAGGCGGCUCGAACAUCAAGCAGAUCAGAGAAACCACAAACACCCUGAUCAACGUUCCAAAGAAAUCCGACAAGGUUAGCGACAUCAUUUACGUGAGGGGUACGAAGGAGAGUGUCGAGAAAGCCUGUAAGAUGAUUUGCGACGCAUUGAACAAGUAA